AUGGCGGCGCGGGCCCGGGAGCCGCCGCCGCUGCUGCUCGCGCUCUCGGUGCUGUUGGCGCUGGGCCCCGCCGCCGCGGUGGCCAAGCUCAACAUCCCCAAGGUGCUGCUGCCCUUCACGAGGGCCGCGCGCGUGAACUUCACACUGGAGGCCUCGGAGGGCUGCUACCGCUGGUGCGCGGGCGGGAGGACGGCCGCAGCCGCAGAGCUGGCCCCGCGUGGCCGGCGGGCGCGCGCGGCCUCUAGGCUCGGGCUCGCGCGGGAGGCCGGCGGGGCCGGCAGGUGCGCCGCGCGCUCUCGCUGGGCGCCUGGUGGCAGCGGCUGCGGCCGCAGCUCCUGGGCGCGCCUGAGUGACCCGGCGGCGUGCGCGCGGGUCGCCACCACUGCGCAUGGCGCCUCGCGGGCCUCCACGCGGCUUUGGCGGGGGGAGAGCGGCCCUGGCCUGGCGGGCCGUGACCUAUCUCACAUUUUCUACCCUCUUCUUUGUGCCAAGAACGUGCGCCCUGCAGAGGUCAGGCUGCUGAUUUUGGAAAACAUCCUUCUGAAUCCAGCGUACGACGUCUACCUGAUGGUGGGGACCACCAUUUGCUACAAGGUGCAGAAGAUCAGGCAAGGGAAGAUCACAGAACUCUCCAUGCCUUCUGACCAGUAUGAGCUGCAGCUUCAGAACAGCAUCCCAGGCCCAGAAGGAGACCCGGCCCGGCCCAUGGCUGUCCUGGCCCAGGACACGUCGGUGGUCACUGCAGUGCAGCUUGGUCAGAGCAACCUCGUCCUUGGCCACAAGAGUAUUCGCAUGCAGGGUGCUUCUAGGUUACCCAACAGCACCAUCUACGUGGUCGAACCCGGAUACCUGGGGUUCACAGUCCACCCCGGUGACAGAUGGAUGCUCGAGACUGGCCGCCUGUAUGAAGUCACCAUCGAAGUCUUUGACAAGUCUAGCAACAAGGUCUACCUGUCAGAC